UGAAGGCACAGUAUAAAUUUUGUAUGUGCAUACAUACAUACACGAGACUUCCUCUCAUGAGUUCAUGAAUCAUCAACCGACUGCACCCUGGGUGUAGCGGUGGCAGGCCAAAAGAGGCGGCUGAACAGGGGAUCGUCUUGGGUCCGAGGAUUGACCGCGCAAUCCAAGCGAGCAGGAGGUUGAAGGUUAGUAUUACUAGCGCUGGUGACAAGCGCAAAUCGGCCCCCAAAUUCGCUCUUUCCCCAGAAUCUCAAGCCGUCUCCUCCGCUUCCAUUCCUCUGCAACCGAUCGCCACUACUCGACCUCGAUCAUGUUGCGCAAUCGGACCUGAAGCGCCGCGCCGGAUCCUGUAUUAUGUGAGCUGCACUAGGGAGGAGGGUGCUAUAUAUGAGCGGCCUUAGCUCGUUGCAAAUGUCGCACGAUCCAUCUGCCAGGGGAACUUAGCGCUCGCUUGAUCCUGAAUGCCAUUUGGGGGCCGUUGCUCUAGCACGACUAACUAUUAACAUAUCCGGAAGGCAGGCGAGAUUAGAACCUCUUCACCGAACUUUUGCUGUUUCCUCCAGAGCUUGAUCUCUCGUCCAUCCCGAGCAAGUCGACCGCUCGUGUCGCUGUCUCCCGUCUUGAGCCAGUUCCUAUAGCAAUAGCAUGCAGAGGCGUUCGGUGAGCCACUCGGCCCCCUACGGGCACGCCUGCAGGAGCUGCUUCAAAGCCAAGUGUCGGUGCAUCCCGCGGUCUGAUGGCGAUGGAUGCGAAAGAUGCCUCCGCCUUGGGAGGCAGUGCAUUCCGUCCAACUCGAUUCGCCGUCGCGCUGUCGAACAAAAGCAGGUUCCCAAGGCUCAAGCCGCCAUGAUGGAGGGCAUUGCGUUCCGACUUCGAUCGCAAAAUGGUGGAAGUGAAGCAGCGGGCGGGCAAGGGGUUCGAGUUGGACCGCCGGAGGGCCUCGGGGCCAUCGCCGGCCUCGAUGCCGCGAUGGAUCCCUUCUUUGCCGUGCCCAAUCACGUUCCGGAUAUCAGGCCACCAGAACCUUCGGGAUCCUCACCAGCGACCUGUCUCGACACGUUUCGGUCCCACAUGCUUCCCCAUCUACCAUUCUUUCACCUCCCCACCCACAUGACCGCACAGCAACUGCACUUCCGCCGCCCGUUCCUGUUUCGCGCCAUCACCUGCGUGGCAUCGCCUACGUCGCGCGAGCGGCAGACGCGGUCGAGCGAGCUGAAGCGCGUCUUGCAUGACUUGAUCUUCCUUCGAGGGCCGGAACAUGAGAAGGGAACCCGGCCGGAUAAGACAGAGAAAACGGUGGACUUGUUGCUUGGCCUCCUCGUCUACGUUGCCUGGGGUUUGGAUCACCGUCUGAUCGGUCGGUUGGUGAUGCUGGCUGCCUCCCUGGUUGGCGAGUUGUGCUCUGAAGGGCCGGCCCCUUCAGAUGCGUACACGCUGGGGCUGUUGAUCCCGGAGACCAACGGCCGCACCAGCAUCGGAUAUGACCAUCAAACCGCAUUGGUAGAAGAUGAUCUUGAAUGUCAACGCGCCAUCUUGGCCUGUUUUCUGCUCAGCUGCGCGGCUUCGACCUACUCGGGGCAGGUCCAUGCCAUGCGCUGGACGCCGCACAUGGACCGCGCCCUCGCAGCCAUUAGCGCAACCCGAUCGCAGAGCGACCACAUCCUAGCCUUGCAAGUUCGUCUCCAGCUGCUCACGGAGCAGGCUUUUCAAGUACGCUACCAGAACUACGAACGGAACCACGCAGCUGCCGAGUCACUCCUAGAGAAGCUCGAGGCCCUCCGCCCAGUGAUCCAACAACAACAGGUAGGUUCUCUCCAUGCUCACCUGCACCACGCCGAACUCGCCUCCCACGAAGCCCUCCACGCCAGCGCGUCCACGGUCGCGACCACACUAGCACCCAAUCCCCCUCCUCCGAGCACGAGCACCUGGCAAUACCCGGGUAACAGGACGGGAAUCAACGGCACCGGCGCCAGCAGCAACCGCCCUUCGUCGACCGCGCCAUCUCGGGACAACAACAACAACAACAAAAACACCUCAUCGGCACGCCUCUCACCCACCCUGUGGCCGUCCCUCUCUGCAAUUCACGCCUGCGCCGCCGCCCUUCUCGCCUUGCCCGCCCCGCUCUUCCGCGGCAUCGCCCUGCCGCAGUGGGCCCACCUCGCCCGCUGUCUGGUAGCGCUGCGCAGCCGCCACAUGCCGAAUCCCGCCGCCGCCGCCGCCGCCGCUCCCUCCGGAGGCUUCCCGGACCUUCCCGGUCUCCUAGCGGCUCUUGAGGAGCGGCUGGAAGGGCUCGCUCGCGAGGCCGGGGAGGCCGUACCCCUUGGCAGCGAGGUAACGGACCGGGGGAUGGUGGCGGGGGCGGGAACGUUUAGCGGGCUGGCUGGCGCGCUCCGCCGGUUCAGAGAGAGGGUUCUCAGAGAGUUCAGGGAAGGGGUCUUGAGGCCAGGCGGGGUUGGUGGCCGUGAAAGGGACGGUAGUGCCGGUGCUGCUGGUCUCGGCCCUGAGGGGGAGGGAUUGGCUACCUUUGCGCCGCAGAAGGGGUACUUCGUCGGCCAGCGGUUUUGGAUGGAGCAAAUAUGGACGGGCGUAGAUUCAUAUUCCGUCACACAUUGAUCAAUACGCAUGUGUAUGUCUGUACUAGGGCGCACUGCGGGGCUUGUUAGAAUCGUGCGGUGUUGAUAGAUCGAGGGCACGG